UUCCCGCGCGUCUGAUAGUUGGAGAAGACAAGACGAAGACGAAGAUUUGAAUCGUCGUCUUCAUCGCAGUCAAUCAGAUUGAGAUCGAAGGUUCUGUCUGGCUGAUCGCUUAAUUAGCUUCGUCGACGAUCGAUCCAAAUGGAGAACAAAGACAGUGAAUCUAGAAGAAAACGCAUGAAACCAGAUGAGGAAGAAGAAGGAGCGAUCUCAGACUCAGAAAAGGCACAGAAUGAAGAGUUGGAGACGUUCGUUGCUGGAUCUGAGGAGGUGGAGCUUGCAGUAGCUCAUAUUCUUGAAAAGAUCGAACGGUUCACUCAGCUGGUAUCUGAACUUCUGGGAUCAGGGAAGGCCAUGUUUCAGAAGAUUGGUGAUGAAUUCGAAGAGCGGAUGAUUAUGGUGCACAAGGAACAAAUUGAGAAAUGGCAGGAAGAGAUCAGAGAAUUGCGCAUCCUUGAUGCCUCAAAUGAGGAGGCCAAUGCUCUUCUGCAUAAUGCUCGAGGUUUGCUUCACCAUGCUCAUGUUGAUUCUUGAAGGUGACACUCUACCCAAUAUUACAAGAAUUCUCUGUUUCCACAAAUUUCUCAGAUUUUUCCCCCAAUUAUUAAAGGCUUUAAAAAGUUCCACCCAACUGGCUGUUCUGUAUGGCUCAAUAGGUCUUGGAAUGUAAUUUAGGAAACUGAUACGCAGGUUUUGCUGUCUCCAUUGAUGUUGGGAAGUUACAAGCUAAAGCGACAUGUUAAAAUUACUGGCUUAUUGUGAUGGGAUAGUUCUGGUGGUACCUGUUGUUGCAUUGAACGAGAUUUAGAAUUAGCAUGUGGUUGUAGCUUUGAUAUUUCUAUCAGUUCAAAAAUUUGAUAAUUUCUCUUAAGAUUAAGGAUCAAGUCCCUUAUAUAGGGCCACACUGCAACCAACAAAUUUCCCUUCCAUAGAACAUUUCACUUUACGUACGUUCUAUUUAACCUUUU